AUGCAUUGCUUGGCAUACGCCCCAGAAUGGCAGGCAAACUGCUGGCGCUUUGUGGAAAGCUACCCUCGGAGGCUUACUAGAGCCAUCACUCAGGGCAAGGACUCGUUUACCUGCCGGGAGGAUUUCGAGGAGAUCGUCACCUUCCUGGCAUCGGUCCCCCUGUUCAAAAACCAGCUGCCCAGGUCUGAACUUCCCAAGGUUGCCAGGAACCUGAAGCGGAAGGUGUGGGAACCUGGCGCGGAAAUCGUCAAGCAGGGAGACUUAGGCAAGGCCUUCUUCCUCAUCAUGUCUGGCGAGGCAGACGUUCUCACGCGGAGUGGCGAUAGCUGCAACAGCCACGUGCGAGCGACGCUGAGGAAGGGUGACUACUUCGGCGGACGAACCUUGCUGGAGGAGCGCAGCAACGUGGCCACCAUUAGGGCUGGCAGCGAGGCAAACCUGGUGACUCUGUCGAUGUCGAGAAGAGCUUUCCACGACACAGGCAUUGCCAAAUACUUGAAGUUUCCAAAGCGAGCCGCAAUCUACAACGAGCAUCCCGCGCCAGCGACUUCUGUAGAGUUCAAGUCGCACGCAAAGACGGAUGCAGAAAUCGCAUUCAUUGCGUGUGCGGUUCGUGGCAACGCAAACUUGCGAGCGCUGAUCCAAACGGACGAGGAGCAGCUCAGCAAGAUAGCGGCGGCUGCGGAGAAGCGUGUGGUUGAAAAAGGCGAAGAGGUUGCAAAGCGCGGGGAGGCCUUGCAGGGCUCGGUUGGUGAUGAGUUCUUCAUAAUCCGGGAGGGCUCUUUCGACAUCGUCCUCAGUUCGCCAUCGGAUCUGGAGCGAGUAUCUGCAGAGGACAUUAUCGCAGCCAAGCCUAUGCCGAACGUGGGGUCGAACCAUCUCGCCCUGCGCCCAAAGCUGGGCUCGCCGAAGCGGGCAAAGGACAAGCGACUGCGUGGCCGCGGCCACACAGAUGGUGCCAAGGGGUUUGCUUCCCAUUCCCUGACGAGCUUCAAAGGCAUCAAGGAAAUUCCGGAUUCACCCGAUUCGCCGCACAGUGACGGCAUGGGUGAGGACAGCACGGCUAGCACAAGCCCAAUGGGCAAGUGUGAAGUUCUUUCUGAUGGGGACAGCUUCGGUGAGCUUUCCCUGCUCUACAACAUGCGCCGUGAGGCGACCUUUCGCGCUCGUGAAAGAUCCGUCAUAUACGCAGUGCCACGGCGGGGCUGGGAAUCUGCUUUCAGCCGCCGUGGGCCGCGUUUUGACGAGUACUGCAAGCUGCUGGAGGAGGUUCACGCCCUCGAGCCCCUUGUCAGCUCGGAGCGCUACGAACUGGCCUGCAAUGCCCAGGGCUUCGUGCACUUCCGUGCUGGCGAGCGUGUCAUCACGCAGGGCAGGGUGAGGCAAGCUAGACUGUGGUAUGUGGUCUAUGCUGGCAACGCUGUCAUGAAUUUGGACCGUCCUGAUGGCACCAGGGUAAAGCUCGCUGAGGUGGGGAGGCCGGGCUGUUUCGGCGAGAGGUCACUCCUCCGAGGGGAUGCAGCAUACGACGUCAACGUCGAUGCUGGCGAGAAUGGCAUGACCUGUCUCACAUUUAACGGCGAGACUAUUCGAGUGCUGUUGACCAGAAUAUACAAUGAUUCUCCAGGUUUCAUUCCAGACAUUCAUGCUGACAUCGAAGAAUGGUGCAAUCUCAAAGCCCAGCAUGCUGAAAGUGGCGUGGCCGCGGCUGCUAUGGACUUCGCCAUUCCGCAAACAUCAGUAGGCGACAGGCACACUGACAAGUAUGUCAAGUUGCAAGUGCUGGGGCGAGGCGCCUAUGGCGAAGUCUAUCUUGUGCAGGACACGGUGGCCAAAAAGCAUUAUGCGCUGAAAGUGAUGUCGAAAGGACACAUAUUGCGCAGCGGCUGCGUUCGGCAAGUUCGCUGGGAGAGGGAGCUGCUGUCCAUGGUGGACAGCAAGUUUGUUAUUCGUCUCCACCGAACGCUGUACGAUGAGCAGCACAUCUACAUGCUGCUGGAAGCCGCCCUCGGGGGAAAUCUCAUGGAACUGCUGCACACGCGGCCGCAGGUUUUCCUGGAGGAUAUGCCUCGCGGCUCGGCGGCGAGUUUCUAUGCCGCCUGCCUCACUGCGGCCCUGGAAUACCUCCACGAGCGAUGUAUUGCCCACCGCGACAUCAAGCCCGAGAAUGCGAUGCUGGAUGAGCACGGCUAUGCGAAGCUCUGUGAUAUGGGCUUUGCCAGAUUCGUGCUCAACAAAACCAAUACACUCGUUGGCACACCUGAAUACAUUGCACCAGAAGUGAUCGACAUUCCGCACGAGCACGACGUGUCUGUGGACUGGUGGGCAUUGGGAGUGAUGGUUUAUGAGCUCUUGGCCGGACAGACGCCCUUCCACGAUGAGGGCAUUGCGGAUCAGAUGGCGCGUCUUCUGGCCAUCCGCCGCAGCCAAGAAGACGCAAUGCAGGAUGGCAUUUGCUUCCCCUUUCACUUUCCAAGCAAAUCCAAGGGCUUCGUGCAGGACUUACUCCGACGCGAUCCGGAUAGACUUGGAUGCAAUGGUGGAGCUCGGGCAGUACGUGAGCAUGACAUGUUCAGGCUGUGGAAAUUUGAUUGGAAGGCGCUUUAUGCGCGCAAAUGGCCGAGCCCUUUCUGUCCGGCAGUUGACAUUCCGGAGGCGCGCCACAUGUAG